AUGGAAAUAGAAAACGACAACGAUUCUAUUUAGCAGACAUCAGAAGUUGUCACAAAUAGUGAUAGUUCUAGUCAGAGCGUAAAUAGUAACAAAGAAACUAAUUAAAUUAACUUUCAAUUUGUAGUUCUUAAAGAAAAUGAUGAUGAUAAAGAGAAAGUAAUCAAAAAGCUAAAAAAGGAGCAAAUGCGAAAGAGAAAAAUUCAAAAUAAACUCGAAAAAGUUAAGAAAUAAAAUAAGUUAUUAGGGGUUAAGCAAAGCGAUUAUACCAUUUAACCAUUCUUUUAAAUACUUCAACCAAUGGAAGAUUGCUUCGUAUUUGGAGAGAUAGUUCUUGAAGGAGAUUACUACAGAGACCCAUUUAAUAUAGAAAAAACUUAUCAAUGGUCAUACUGGAAGAGAGGAGAAUAUGCUAGUUAAGUAAAAGAAAUAUGUUGCACCUAAGUAGAUAUGAAAAGAAUGGUUAGUACUGAAUUUGAUUUUUAAUAUGCAAUUCAAAAAUACUUAAACAUGCCUGAUUAAUUAAUUCACUAGCUUGGCCUCUACUUGUAGGAAUACUACGAGAAAGCAAAGAAACAUUUAUCGUUAAUGAAAGAAAGAAUAAAUGUGCUCCGUGACUUAAAAGUGAAAGAGUAAUUCUAAAUGAUCUCAUAAGAUUACUUUAAAAGAGGUUUAGAAUGGGUUAAAACAUAGGUGACAAAGGAUGAUAUUUAUAUGUAUAUAUAUUAUGAAAUAGAUUUUGAAACACUUGAUCAAAAUUAUAAAAACAUUGGGUACAGCCAAACCUUAUUAAAUUUACUUGGACUUAAUGAAGAAAAUGCAAUACCGUUUAUUUUGAGAAAAGGUCGUCUUGAAUUUUUAGAUGGUCUUUCUAGACUAAGAAGAUUGAUAGGAAGACUUUAUUAUAUAAACAGAAAGAAACCAAAUCAUGGAUUCUAUUUUGAGCAUGAUAUAAUGACUCUCGAUAACAUAAAAAUCCCUGUAAAGUGUGUUAUCACAACACCAGAUUUUUAAUGCUUCACUCCUGAAAACUUCUAACAUUAUGAUCUAUUUUUCGGAGAGUUCGCAUUAGAGUAUUCUUGCUUCAGAGUCUUUAAAUUUGAAAUAAAUCCUAAUAUAAUAGAGAAUAUUAAACAAUAAAGAGCUCUUAAUGAAAAAAAUUAUUAAAUUGAUUUUGAGUAUUCACUAAUGAGUGAAAUGUUCAUAGAUAAAUUCUACAAAAACUAAGACGAUGAAAUUUAAAAAAAAAUAAUUCAGUAAAAAGCUGAGGAUGAAUAAAAUAAAUCAAGAACUUGUGGAAUAAGGUAUAUUUGA